AUGGUGCCCGGCCUUCCCAAGCUCGUUUUCGUCUCCGUCCUUGUGGUCAACUGCAUUCUCUGGUCACACAGUCGGUUCGGCCAAGUCCACUCGAUACGCUCACAGUCCCCGCUGCUCGUAAAGAGGAAUGCACACGAGCUACAGUAUGCAAACACUACGCAUUCCUUCUUACUUGGACUUGGGGAAUUGGAAGAGGAGCAAUGUUUCCCAAUAUCUGUUCCGAUGGAGCAACAAUGUGCACACGUCCAGGAAUCUUGCGCAGGCACUCGCACGUUCUUGUCUAUUCCAUAUCUGAGCAAUUAUUUCUGCGCAGACCCCUCGUUACGCCCUUUCCUUUUCGUGGCAUACCUCAUGUGGCUCGUUUUCCUCUUCUCCACUCUCGGCAUCAGCGCAUCCGACUUCUUUUGCCCUAAUCUGGCUACCCUGGCACAGAUGCUUGGUUUGGACGAAAACAUGGCUGGUGUAACGUUUCUUGCUUUUGGAAAUGGCAGCCCGGAUGUCUUCUCCACAUUCUCCGCCAUGAAAGCGAACUCAGGCGGCCUUGCUAUUGGCGAGCUUCUUGGCGCUGCAACUUUCAUAGUAUCGUGUGUGGUAGGCUCUCUUUGCAUUAUCAAACCUUUCCGAGUCAUUCGGUAUCGCUUCUUCCGGGAUGUCGGCUUCUUCACGGUCGCGGUAGUAGUGCUGCUUGUGGUUCUGUGGGACAGCAAAAUUCAAAGCUUUGAGGCAGGCUUUUUGAUUGCACUUUAUCUCUUUUACGUAGUGAUUGUUGUUGGGGGGAGCAUGUGGGAAAAGAGAGUCGAACGAAGACGACGGCACGAAGAGCUCAUGCGUGAUGAGUUUAGAGAGGAAACAGUGGUGCACCCUCCGUAUCGCGAUGAAGAGCCUUAUGUCGACAAUCCUAGCCCUUCGACGGUAUCGUCUUCCCUACAAGUUCCCGUAUAUACGAGGUCGCGUGCAAUCUCGACGCCAGGCCCACCUCGUCUAGGAGUACACACAGAUUUACCGCCCCGUCCGCAUACAAGGUCGCCAUCCCCACAUUCUACUCCCCAUCUUAGUACAAUGCCGUCGUUUUCCCUGGUUGGCGCACUCGAAUUUCGUCGCAUAGUCUCCUCGCUACAGCAGGAUGCGGCGGGGACUUCGCUUGGCCUCUUUGAUAGCCCUCAUUCUCCAUAUCCUGGUGGGCACUACCAUCAUCAUACUCUGUCUCGUCCGCGUACGCCUGUGUCGGAGAAUCAGGAUCCAUGGGACGCCACGCUUGGGGUUCCACUGGACGAUCGGUCACCUCAAGUCGUUGCUCCCGCCAUCCCUAACGAGACACAAGACGAUAUGCCCCCCAUUCCCACUAUUUCGCAUACGCCUGCCUCGCCCAUCAUCUCUGAGACUGAUACAGAAUCCCAACACAGUCAUAACCAGUACCUUCCGCCGACGAAGCGGCAGCGUGCCGCACGAUUUCUCGGGCACACGUUCCAUCUAUUGUUCCCCACAUUACAGGGGUUCAGCGUGAAACCGGUUAUGGGCAAAAUUGUUGCCGUACUUGCAGCUCCAGCUGUGAUGGCGCUUACACUGACGUUGCCUGUUGUCGUAUUGCCGUACGAAGAUAUGAGCAGGGAGCGCGAAAAACAUCUUGGGAGUCUUGGCGAAAGCAGGCUGAUCGAUUUUGAAGAGGAGGGCGUUGAGCGGACCUUGAUCGCGGAGGAGGAAGUCACACACGAGAUGCACGAGUUCAAAUUCAACAAGUGGCUGAUGGCCGUACAGUGCACACUCGGCCCUUUGUUCUGUGUCGCCAUCCUGUUUGAUGGCAUGCAGCACGAACCAUGGCUCCUGCUCGCAACAGGAGUUGCUGGUUUUGCCAUUGGCAUUAUCGUGAUCGUAUUCUCUGAUCAGGGAACCCAUCCGCCAGCGCAGCUGGCACGCUGUAUCAUGGGCUUUACGGUCGCCGUUGUAUGGAUCAUGGGGAUCGCAGAUGAGGUUGUUGAGGUUCUACAGACUUUUGGGUUUAUCUUUGGGCUGUCGGAUGCCAUCAUUGGCCUAACGAUUUUCGCGGUCGGGAAUUCUCUUGCUGACCUCGUAGCGAACAUGAGCGUGGCAGUUUUCGCGCCGAUCAUGGGUUUCUCAGCAUGUUUUGGUGGGCCCAUGCUCAACAUCCUGCUCGGUGUUGGCGUUGCAAGUUCGUACAUUAUCCGUCAAACCGAUGAACCGUAUUUCCUGCAUUUCUCGACCACGCUUAUGGUCACUGGGAGUGGUCUCCUGGCAAUAUUGAUUGCUACGCUUAUCUUCGUGCCGUUAAACGGCUAUUUUCUACCACGACGUUGGGGAGUAGUCCUCAUAGUCGUAUACAUCGCACUCAUGGCUACGAAUGUGAUAUUGGAAGUCAAGAGCUAG